UUUUUUCUUCCUAGUAUUUAUGUAAAAUAGUGUAUAUUUAAUGUGCGAAACUUACUUGGAAAGUACAAGUAACUAAAUGGUAAUUCAAUGUAGGCGUCGCUCUUAAAUUGAAUCAUAAAAAAUAAAAACAAAUAAUACGUUCUGAGGUAAAAAAUAUUGAUUUACACUCUUGAAUAUGUGACGAUUGAUCUGUAGUCUGAAAACACGUAGUGCGCGUCAGACAAUGGUCGCAAAAAAGUAGAAGAAACGUUUUUGUAAUGAAAGUCCAUUGUUAAAAAAGUAGAUAAACGAGAUUCUCUGUUAAUAGAAAAAUGAGAACGGUAUUUUUUAUAAUGACAACGUUAUGCAUGGCAACUAGUACUUGCAUCCUACCAUCGCCAUUAACGUUGCAAUUAAUCCUGGAAUUUUCUAAACGGAGGUCUUGGGAUCAAAUAGUGCUCUUUGAAAAUUUAAAUUCUCUAGAUUGUGUGUUCGCUUAUACGAGACCUUUGAUAUCGUGUCUCGCCGAAAGAGGAAUCAGCGUGUCAGUUCAGUCAGCCAUCAAUCCCAACAUACCUGAUGCUCUUAUGAUCCAAAAGCAUCGAAUUGGAUCGAUCGUCCUGCUGGACGGGCUGAAUCUCACAUCACCUGAGAAUGUUCUGCACGUGGCUUCUCAAAAAUAUCUAUUCAAUUAUUACGUUUCCUGGUUGAUGAUAACCGUAAAAAACACCGACUCGACCAUCGACAACGUUUUACGUCAUUUGAAUAUUGGCAUCGACAGUGACGUCAUUGUCGCAACGUCUUCCCUGUCGCAUGCUGCGAUUCAGAAAUUAUCGCGGACCUACUGGAACAGGACUAAUUUUGCCAGGACCUGUUUCCAUCUGCGACAUUAUACGGACCGCUUCGAGUUUCGAGAACCUCCCCUGAAGAGGAUGGACGAGAACGGAUCCAUUAACUUGAACUACGCCGUUAUAGAGAACAGGACGGUGGUCUUCUACUUUGUCCACGUUUACAAGAUCCGAUAUACCGACAACACGAGCCUAGUGACCAAUUUCCUGGGUUCUUGGAAUCCAGAUUCUUGGACGCUUCAGAACCCGAUCAGUGUCAAGCUCCGAAACGACUUCAACGGACUUCCGAUCGUUUUUGGUGUAUUGAACGGAACGAUCGAUGGGGAAAUGGACGUCACGGAUCAGGUGGAGGCGAACGAUAUCGCGCCGCUUCUCGAUUUCGCUAAAUUCGUAACGAGCAGCGUAAAUGCAAGCAUAGAGUUGGUGCCACAUGAAAAACUCGGCACCUUGAACAAUAAAGUUUGGAAUAAUCUCCUCGGUGACGUUGUCGCUGGAACUGUUGACAUAGGCCUGGGAUAUAUAACCGUGAACGAAGAACGACAGGCCGAAAUGUCGUUCAGCCAUCCUCUAAUUCGUUACAUGAGAAAUAUUUAUUAUCACCCACUGGAAAGCGGUACCAUGAGAGAUAUAUUUCGCCAGCCUUUCAACAAUUGCCUUUUAGGAUGCGUCGCGGUUACGUAUUUUGCGAUACUGAUCGCGAUGGGGAUGAUCAUUUACGCUGCAAAGACCGUUCUGCAUCACGAAGAUGAAAAACGGGCUGGAAUAGGGGAGGCAGCCCUGUGGUGUAUCAGCAUAAUGUGCAUGCAAGGUUUAAUUUUCCACGGUUAUGUCGCUCGGACGAUUUUAUUUAUUCGAAUUAAAUUGAAACUUAACGCAGGUUCGCCGUGGACACCGCGCAGCCCGUCAGGAAAAACGGUAUUAUUGUUCAGCCUAAUGUUUGCUCUGGUAAUGUACAACGCGUACGCUGGAUUCAUUACCUCUAUACUAUCGGUUCAAGCAAGCGGCAUCAAAUCUAUCGCCGACCUUUUGUCGCACAAUUUCAAAUUGGGAUACAGCAUCACGGAUGACGAAUACAUUCGAAACGUGAACGACAGCAAUCUUCGCGAGCUUUACAUAAGAGCAUUCAACAAUCGCGAGUCCCGAUUAGACACGACUUCCGGUCUCACGAAGGCGGUGCAAGGACAAUACGGAUUUUUUGUCAGCGCCACCCUUGCCCGACGCGUUCUCAGGACGACGUUAAUUCAAGAGCGAUGUACCUUGAAGGAACUAUCCCUUCCCCAAACCUUCACGAUGGUGGCACUACCGAUGGCAAACUCUUGUCCCUACAAGAAAAUUAUUAAUCUCAACAUUCUGAGGAUACGAGAACGAGGAGUCCUGAACAGGAUAACAGAGCAAAUGCUGCCAGAAAUGCCGCAAUGCAAAUCACCGACUACCUUCCACAGCGCCAGAUUAGCAGACGUUUAUUCCGCCUUCUUCAUUUUGAUCGCGGGAGGAUUGACAGCCAUUUCGAUCUGGAUCGCCGAAAGGAUCUGGAACAAGAGGCGACAAAUGAAGAAUACCAUCGUGCGAGGAAUACGUCAGAGUCACCUGAUGCCCAGUUUGUCCAAUCUAUCUCAUUUUCCGCGUUUCCAUCCGUUUUCUCAGUUUCCUCAUUUGCAUUUGUAUCCUCGUCGCGGCAAACAGCAUGAUCUUUGCACGAAUCACGCAACGCGAUUCGAUUCGACGAAGAACAACGUAAUGGAUUCUUCCAUUGUCACGCAGGAUAUACGACCGGGGAAAUCGAUACCGCCCGUCGGGGCAAAAGAGGACGAUAGGGUGGAAAAUUCGGGCGAGGAAAUCGAUCGACCCCGUUUCGAGCCGAGAUUCUAUAAGACAACACGGGCCAGCAUCAACGGCGUAAGCUUCUCCAUUCUGUCGACGAAGAAACACUGUAACACCCAGAAGGACGACAGACCUACAGACAAUACGGUUUUCCCGUUUCGUCGAUGAAGUUUUUUUUUUUAUUUUUUU